UUAUUGAAUUUCAUGUAUUUUUUCAUGUAGCCUGGUACUGAUCAAAUCUGACACAAUGUCAGAAAGUCGUGACGUGCAUGAAAUUGCAGACAAGCCAUACAACCUUCUGCAAGAACAGUUGUCUAAAGCAAAAGAGGAGAUUAAGCUGAAAGAUGAGGAGGUGGGAAAAUUAUCCAAAGUUAGAGAUCAAGUAGGAUUGGAAUUGCAAGACCUCACAGCAAGUUUAUUUGAAGAGGCACAUCGCAUGGUUAGAGAGGCCAAUGAGAGAAGAGUAUCAGUGGAGAAGCAACUGAAGGAAGCUCUAAGUAAAAUAGAUGUUCUCGAUGCAGAGAUUACAGCUCUAAAGAGGUUGGUUCUGGCUUCUGCACCUGAUGUACCAAAGUCAGAGUCAUUGCCGAUCCUGAGCAUAAGGACCAGUGGAAUAACAAGCUUUUUGAGAGGACACAAACGAUCUGGCAGUCACACUGGUGCUAUAGAAAAGAGAAGAGACGUGAGCCCACCCCCAGAUCCCUCUGACAAUGCCACGUUAAACAAUUUUAUUGAGACGGAUCCUUUACUGUAUGAGGAGUUCAGCAAAUGGGUACAGAACCCUGUUCUAGAAAGUGGUGGCAGUGAUUUUCUAUUACGGAUUCACAGAGAAGAUAUAAUCCCCUGCCUUACAUACAGAAAUAUUGAAAUGGCCAAAGCUGUUCAAAAAUCUGUGGAGGAGAACUCACUCAUGAUGGAAGUGGUUGUUGGAAAUGAGUCACAAGAAUGUGAGUGUGCAUUGACAAUGAUAUGUCAAUCAUGCACUUACAGAAUGAAGCUUGGUGAGAGUUGCUGCUGGCACUACAUUUCCAAGUUAGCCAGGGACAGGAUUGCAGCAGUGUGUGAUUUCUUCACUUACGUGAGAUACGUUCACCUGGGUCUAGUCAAACAGGAUGAGAUGACCAUGUUCUUGGAAAUAUUAAAACUAAGAAAGCAGAUGUGUUUGGCAAAGCUGGGAGUUCUUAUCAAGAAUGACAACUCGUCAGCACAUUUAAGUUGAAUCUGUGCCUUCUGUACGCGGACCAGGGUUGAAAAUCCAUGUUCAUGUCUUAGUCAGACAUUAUAAGUGGGUGUUUUUUUUAGUAAGUUGGCGAUUACCUCAAAACUCGAGUUUAUGCAAUAUUACGUGACAUUAGUGGUUUAUAACUGCAUGAUGUUAAGUGCUGCCAUCUGCCGUAGCAAUAUAAGUGGUGCUGUGACAAUCUUUCCUAAUUUUACUUGAGUAAAAUUAGCACCUGUAAAUACUCUUGAUUUACACUAGCAAGUGUCCAUGUAAUAGGUAAAUGAUUAUAUUUGCUCAUUAUCGUUAGCUUCCAACGUGUAUGAACAUGCUGUUGUGCAAACAGUUAGAUUUGCCUCAACGUAGUAACUUCAAGGUUGGUGUUUAACCUAUGCAAUGGAUACCUGCUUCUACUAUUGUAUUUUAUUUUGAAUAUCAUUUAAAUAUGUGUAUCAUAUACUUUCAUAGAGUGCCAAACAGUUUCCUCUGACCUUUACUUCAGAAUACCUUUGUAAGAUAAUAUGUAGCCAUGUUCGCCAGGUCCACUCAUCAUGUUGUUUUCAUUACGUUUUGGUUGUAAACACGUCUAUGCUAUUUUACUUACAUGACAAUGACAGAUGAAUAUUGUCCAUGUAAUAGUGAAUCAUGUGACAUAAUAAUUGAUUGAAAAGUCCACAAUACAUGUUUCACAAUGUCACACAUUA